UUAUCGUUUAGCGACGGCCAACUGGCACCCCUAGUAAAUGGUACACUCCACACGUUAACGUCCAAAACAAAUAUGGCACAUGAGAACUGACUGACGUUCACAACAAAGGGGUGUGCGCGAAUCGAAAACGAAACAUAAUCUCAGCGUCAGCCACGACGUUGAUCUCUGAGAGCUUGUAGCAACACGAACCGCGGUGUCACUCAGCGAUGGCACUGCAAAUAUCAGCUCUAGUUUCAUAUAUCAGAGCCCCACUGCACACCGGCCCUCUGUCCCGUGUCCGUGCUAACUUCCAGGGAGCCGGUGUCAAGUUCAAACACAUUUUAUCUCCGGGGAGCCCCCAGCUUGGAGGGAAGCCAGCAACAAGUUCUCUCUGCGGCCAUUUUAACGUUGCCGUCCGAGCUAAAAAGUUUUCAACAACAACGACAGCAGCACUUUGGAAGUCCAGCCAGGGUAACGGUUCCUCCUCACCCCGGGGGAGGAGAGGCUGGCUGGGCAAGGUCGCCCUCGGUGCUGUCCUCGGUGUGAGCACAGUCGCGCUGGUCCAGUCUCUCCACACCGGAACCCUUACCGCCAUGGCCCUAAAACUUAACCUGAACUCCGCUGAGGGAGACUGGAAAGAGACCAAGGACUUCUUGCUGUCUCUGUCUGUGAAGGACAGGAGUCUGUACUACAUGACUAGCUCUGUGCCACUGGAUGACAUCCCAAUGUGGACUCCCACUGCAGGUGCUUCUGAGCAAACUCUCUACCAGAGGAAUGAAAAGUUGGACCACAAGAUUUCCCUCUACAGCGGUGACAUCACCAAGCUGGAGAUAGAUGCUAUUGUCAAUGCAGCCAACAAGACUCUGCUCGGCGGAGGUGGAGCAGAGACCCUGAAGAGACGGACACUGGGAUCAGUGGAGGAACCCAGUUUGUUAAUGCUUGCAAAUUUGGGUGCUGUGGACGGAGCGAUCCACCGCACUGCAGGUCCAAUGCUAAAAAAGGAGUGUGCUUCCCUCCACGGCUGCAAGACCGGAGAGGCCAAGAUCACUUGUGGCUACGGCCUCCCAGCAAAGUAUGUUAUCCACACAGUGGGGCCUAUUGCACAAGGAGGAGUGGGAGAGGAGGAGAAGAAAGCCUUGAGGUCGUGCUACAAGAACAGCCUGAUAACAGCCACCAAAAACGCUGCACGCUCUGUGGCUUUCCCUUGUAUCUCCACUGGAAUCUACGGAUAUCCACCUGAGCAGGCUGUGCAUGAGGCAUUAGCAACUGUGAGGGAGUAUCUGGAUGAACAUCAUGACAAGUGCUGGACAGAGUCAUCUUCUGUGUGUUCUUGCCGACGGAUAAGGAGCUGUAUUUGCAGAACCUCCCGCUCUACUUCCCUGCUGAGGCCAGUGUCAAGAGUAAACUCUGAGAGUGGAUUUGUCAGAUUCGGUUGCUGUGGAUACACACCGCUACACUCAACAUCCAGAUUCCUCCUCCUCCUCGCUGUCAUCAGAGAUCAAGACCUUCUUCAGCAGGAAGAUAACACCUAAAUGAAUGGUUGCUUUUUUUCAAGUGCACACUGGCUCUUCUGUAGAUGUUAAUUAGUUUCUUUGUUUUUACCCACUGAUGAUUGAGGUUAAGAGAGGUGUCGUGAUGAAGGUGUGAAAUUAUAUUGAUAAUUCUUGUGAAAAAUGGACUGUGUGUACCUUAAGCUGCAGUCUAACUUGACCUUUAUUAUCUGUGGCCAGUGGUAGCUUUGCAUCAAGCUUACAACCCCCUCUGUGUCCUGUGCUAUUUGAAUAUUGGGAUUCCAGUGUGUGUGCAUGUGUGUGAGAAAAUGACAAACGCUUAUUAAAAUGAAUCACACAGGC